AUGCAGAGUGAGAGGUUCUCGCAGUUCCUGGCGGAAAACAUGACGGAGGCGACGCUGGCGUCGCUGCAGCAGUGGGGCCCUAAAGCGCUGGACUUCGCGCAGCACGUGGCGCAGCACGCGUGCCGCGGUGUUGCGCUUAUCACAAGCGGCGGCACCGCCGUCCCGAUCGAGGUCAACGCAGUGCGCUACCUCACCAACUUCAGCUCCGGUGGCCGCGGUGCCGGCUUCGUCGAGGCGCUGCUGCAGCGCGGCUGGGCCUGUGUGUUUCUGCACCACGAGAGCUCCGCGCGCCCGUUUCGGCGGCACCUCGACUUCAUGAGCGCCGAGCAGCUCUUCGCUGAGCUCGCCGCACCGACGCGGUCGCAGAAGGUCGCCGCCGCGAUGCAGGCGUACGAGCAGCACCGCGACCACAUUCUGCACGUGCCGUACCGCACGGUGGUGGAGUACCUCUACCUGCUGCGGCUGCUCACCGCGACGUUUAGUCACCGCGCGGAGUGUCUGCAGGCGGUGCCCAUGAUGCUCAUCGCGGCGGCCGCCGUGUCGGACUACUACAUCCCCCUCAGCCGCAUGUCAACCCACAAGAUUUCUGGUGGCGAUGGCCUCACGGUGGAGUUCGAUAACGUGCCGAAGCUGCUCGGUGAUAUUAGCGACGAUUGGCACGCGUCGUCCGGCGCCGUGCCGCGGUACCUCAUCAGCUUCAAGCUGGAGACGGAGGAGGAGGCGAUGAAGAAGAAGUCCCUAAAGAACCUUCAGCUCUACAACUGCGACGCAGUGGUCGGGAACAUGCUGCAGAACUACCGAGAGCGGGUGUUGGUGUACUGGAAGGGGGAGCAGCAGCAGCCGAUCCCGCUGGAGCGGCCGGAGGGUGGCUCGCUUGAGUUGGUCAUGACGGAUUUGUUCCUGCAGCGCAUUGACGCGGAUAUGAACGGUUCUACCACGAAAUAA